AUGAGCGUUUCGUUCCACGAUAUCAACCUGCUGGUGGAGCAGGGCGAGCAGUACAAGGUGUUUGGGGCUGUCCCUUUCCCCGAUAUCAACCUGCUGGUGGAGCAGGGCGAGCAGUACAAGGUGUUUGGGGCUGUCCCUUUCCACGAUAUCAACCUGCUGGUGGAGCAGGGCGAGCAGUACAAGGUGUUCGUAGCCGUCCCUGUGACCCCCGCCAACACCUACAAAGUUCUCGCCAACAAGGAAGGAAGCUGCUGCUGCAACCUGAACAAACGCUUUAACCCCAAACCCAACACCCAAUGCCCUGUAACCACAGUUCCACGAUAUCAACCUGCUGGUGGAGCAGGGCGAGCAGAACAAGGUUUCCACGAUAUCAACAUGCUGGUGGAGCAGGGCGAGCAGUACAAGGUGUUCGGAGCGGUGCCUGUCACCCCCGCCAACACGUACAAGGUUCUCGCCAACAAGGAAGCUGCGCUGCUGUUUCCUGGAGGCGUUCGGGAGGCUCUGAAGAAGAGGGCAAAGCACGAAGCAACAAUCAUCCCCUUCGCAUGCAUUGGUGUGGACGAUGGGUUCGAUAUUCUAGUAGAUGCGGACGAAAUGCCCAGUGUGCCCGUCAUUGGUCCCAUGGCAGUGGAGGGCGUGCAGGCAUGGCCCAGAGUCAGCGUGACCAUCAUCGGCCCCAUGGCAGUGGAGGGCGUGCAAUCAUGGCCGAGAGUCAGGCAUGUCGCACCUACUGACAGACAAGGCAGCAGCAGCAGAGCUGUAUGCACAUGUGAAGGGGGAGGUGUAAGACGGGCUGCAGUACCUGCUGAGGAAGAGGGAGGAGGAUCCUUACAACCCAACACUCUUUCCCCUCCUUACCUACCAAACCCCACAUCCCCACCCAUCCACACAAAUCUACACCCAUCCACACCAUCCCGAACCCCUUUCCAACCAGGCAUGAAGCACCUGCUAACAGACAAGGCAGCAGCAGCAGAGCUGUAUGCACAUGUGAAGGGCAUGAAGCACCUGCUAACAGACAAGGCAGCAGCAGCAGAGCUGUAUGCACAUGUGAAGGGGGAGGUGGAGGGUGGGCUGCAGUAUCUUCUGAAAAAGAGGGAGGAGGAUCCAUACAAUGACCCUGUGCCGCGGUUGCUUUAUGAGGCCACGUGGGGAGGGGAGAAGCAGGCUCCCACGUUUAAGCCGUGA